AUAUAUCUAUUGGUACCUUUGCUGUUACCUCCUUGAUGACUGGUAAAAUUGUUAGCCAGUAUGGUAGCCGUGAUUAUGCCAACUCUUCAAUCAGUGAACAUUCAUUCAAAAUGGAUAACAUUAGUAGUAACUACUAUACCAACCUUGAAGUGGCAACUGCUGCAUGUUUUAUGGUUGGAAUUUGGCAGACGUUAAUGGGAAUUCUCAGGUUAGGGAAUUUGGGAAUCAUAUUAUCCGACCACCUUGUUAGCGGCUUUACUACCGGUGCUGCCAUCCACGUUCUGGUUUCUCAGACGAAAAAUCUGUUGGGAUUAAAAAUCCCUCGCUUUACCGGAUCAUUCCAGCUCAUUCGUUCAAUCGUUGCAAUAUUUGGUGCCCUUCCCAAAACUAAUCUUGCAGAAGUUGUCGUCUCUUUCAUUGCUAUUACGAUUAUGGCUGUUCACAACGACUGGCUGAAACCCUGGUAUGGAAAAAAAAUGAAGUUCCCUAUUCCGACAGAGCUCCUUGUUAUCGGAAUUGGAACUGCGGCUUCCUAUUUAGGGAAACUGUCUAGCGACUACGGCAUUAAUAUUCUAAACCAUAUUCCAACUGGAUUUCCCACACCACGGAGCCCACCGUACGAGCUAUUUCCUUCUAUUAUUCAAGACACGAUUCCCGUUGCUAUAGUAGCCUAUGUCAUCAGUUUGUCUAUGGCCAAGAUCUUUGCCCGAAAACGAGGAUACGAAAUAUCAAGCAAUCAGGAGUUGAUCGCUCAGGGAGCAGAAAAUGUAUUUGGCGCUUUUUUCUCUUGUAUGCCAGUCUCAACCUCUCUUUCACGAAGCAUGUUACAAGAAUCUGUCGGAGGUGAAACUCAACUAGCUAGCGUCGUGUUCUGCGCUUUGAUGUUAAUCAUUCUUCUUUGGAUGGGCCCUUUUUUUGAAUCUCUUCCGUUAGCUGUUCUUUCUUCCGUCAUCAUCGUGUCCCUAAAAGGGAUGUUCAUGCAAUUUCGAGAUUUCAUCUCUGCGCUGAAAACUUCACCGCUAGAUUCGAUUGUUUGGAUGUCUACAUUCCUAGCGGUAGUCAUUGUGGACAUCGAUAUCGGCCUCGGUGUCGGAGUCGUGGCCUCAGUUACCGUUUUGAUCUAUCGUGGACAUCGUCCGUAUGCUGCAACUCUAGGUCAUUUGCAAGGAACUGAAAUGCAUGUCGAUGUUGAACUCUAUUCCGCUGCUGUCGAAGCACCUGGUAUCAAGAUUUUUCAUUGGGCUGGCGCGAUUCACUUUGCAAACGGCGAAACUUUUCGGCAUGUCGUAGAUAGUCAACUUGGUGUAAUAAUGAACCCCGACGUUCCAGUAGCGAAUAUUGAGUACCUGAUCCUCGAUUGUUCUGCUUUGUCUUAAGUUGAUCUAAGCGGUACAAAAAUCUUAACUACUUUACACAAAGAUUUAAUGAAAAGUAGAGGCGUUACUCUUGUUUUGGCGAAUUGUUCUGAACCCUUAUUGCAACAGCUCGAGCGACAGAAGUAUUUUCAAUCGUUUCCAAAGUCUCAGGUGUAUCCUUCGAUUAUAGAUGCAGUAACGACAAUCGAAAGUAGUAUUCGAUGCAAAAAUGGAAGUUCUCCCAACUCUGCGGUAGUUACCGUUGAUUAGGGCGCCACGAAAAUGUGACCAUGUAGUAAUCACAUUUUUAUAGAAAUUUAGUAUAAUCAUAUUCAAAGUGGAAUACUUAGAUCGUCUUAUCAUUUAUAUAGUCUAAAUGGGUUGUGCAAUCUGUAGCAAAAAAUGUUUGUUACUAAAAGAUUUCUCAUUAACUACUCGACUAACGGUACAAAAGUAUGUGUAUUCGUAUUUUCUUUGAUGAGUACCGGUAAUAUGUUUAUUUGUUGGAAUGAAGCCCCGGCCUCGCUGUAGCUUAACCAUUAAUGACCAUAGAUAUCUAAAUGAUCUUUGUUGUUCUUUCCGGAAUUGAAUGGAGAAUAAUUGUUCAUAAUUCUACGACAUGUUUUGAAUUUGAAAUCGAGGAAUUGUAAUGGUGAUAAU